GGAAUAAUCAAGUCUACUGAAGUAAUACUAUGAAAGUAAAAUUGUGACUAAUUUUAUCAAGUUAUAUUUAACCAUAUUCUGUAUUUCAAUAUUUUCCAGGUUCGUAGGCAUUACACAUAAAAAAAAGUUCAGCAUCAGCAUGCCUUCAAAAUAUCAGUCAGGAUAUAGAAACAACCAAAAAGGAGAUAUUGAUAUCUUACAUUAUGAAAAAAGAAGGACAUCACAAAAUGAGAAAUCGAAAGUCAAGAUGCGGCUAAAAUUCUUUGAAGAAAACGCAGGGAAAUCGAAUGGAAAUCGGAUAACAAAUAACAGUGACUAUGCUGAGAUUCAGGAUGUACACCAUGAAAUGAACAAUACAGAAGCAGUUGCAAAAGAACCAGUUUAUGCUGUAGUCGAUAAAAGCAACAAAUCAUCCCUGAAAAAAAGAAAUGCAAAAGAUAUCCCAGCAAGUGAUUCUGUAAAUGAAGCGCGUAUAAAGCAUGAUACCCUGAGAAAGCCAAAAUUUCCUGUAGAUACAAGAACAACGUUUGAAAGACAUUAUGAUUUUGAUCAAUUACAAAAUGAUAAUGAAGUAGAGAAACCAAAUAAUUAUUCAAAGAUCUCUUCAACAACGGCAGAAGAAAAGCAAGACACAAAUGGAACAUAUUUUGUCAUCGCUUAUCAAUCAGCAAACGGGCAAGUAAAGAAUAGAAGUGGAUCACUGAAAAAGGAAUCUGAAUUGGCCGGACAAGAUACAAGCCCGAAAGAAAGAACUUUCAUGAGUGCAGCGGAGAUCGGAAAUAUUUAUCAAAAUUAUCCAAAAGGACUUUUUCCUACUCAUAAUAAAAGACUUUCUUUGCACAAAACAGAUGAAACCAUGCAUUCAGAACAGGAAAAUAAAAACGGAAUACUAAAAAACGGCGACAAAAUGAAUGCAAGGCCAACAGAGUACCAAGAGAAAAUGAAACAGAGUAAAAAUGCACUUCAAGAACUCAGAAAAUCAUUAUCAAGUGAAGAACCAUUUGAAUAUCUAAAUAGCAACGCCGGAACAAAAUAUAAAAGUAGGAAUAGUUCGAAGCGAUCUGAAGACGUAGAGAACAAAAGGAUACCUAGAAUUAGUGAUUUAGUAGAAGAACGUGGGAAGGUAGAGAAAAAGGAUUCAAACACAUCUUCAAUAUCUAAUGCUUCAAAUUCAUCAGCAUUAUCAAAAAAAUUAUUAUUGUUGGAAGAGAGAAACGUGAAAAAAUCUCCGCAACCGUCGCCACGGAGAUCAAAGAAACUUUUUGUGAAAAAGUUUGCAUGGCCUAUUUCAAACGACGUUGAUAAGUCAAGAAAAAUAUUGGAAGAUGAAAACAAUGAUAAACCUUUGGAAAAGAAAAAGGUAGAAACACAACAAGAAAUACAAAGAAAACGACACACAAUAGCGGGAGUUAUAUAUACAUCAGCGGACGUUUCACCUGCAUCAGUGCGAUCAUACAGAAGCUCAAUAAGUACGCCAAUUACAUUAUCACCAAAUUUGAACCUCCCCCUUUCAGAAAAACCUCCUCAGACUAGAAGAGAAAAAUUCGUAACACACAGGAAUGACAGACCAAAAACUCUUAACGUUCCAAUACUAAAAGAAACCGGUUACAAAACUUCAAAAUCUCCUAGUUCGGACGGUACACAAACGCCAAAGUCUCCUAGAUCCGAUGGCUUGCGUACUCCGAAAUCACAAAGAUCAGAUGGUAUAAGAACACCGAGUUCUCAAAGUAGUUUGAUGAAUGGAGAAUCAAGAUUAGUUUUCAAGAUGGAUCUUGACGAAGCUUAUUUAAAACAAGAAAAGAAAGUUCAACAAGAAGAAUUUGUUUUAUAUCGGGAACAUGGAAUUUUUAUUCCCAUCAAAGACAAGAAAACACCAAAGUUGAGACGAAAAAUUGAUAAAAGUUUGAAUAAAUGGAUCCAAACUGAUGGACCUCCAAUAAGGCCACCUAAGUCAACGACAGUGAGCACACAAACAGGGAUAAAUCCUUGCACAAGUUGCUCGAAAAAACUACAAACUCGGCCAUGGAACCUACCAAACCAUUUAGCCUACGGAGUUUCUCAAACUCAAUCCCCUCGAAGCAUAACAAUAAGCACGCAAACACACAGAAAACAAACAAAAUCAGAAGGGUGUCAAACGAGAACGAGGCACUUUCAAACAUCAGAAAGUCAAACUCCAGCUCUGCCGAUAUUGCAAGAAAGUGCGGUUCAAGCGAUAACAACAGUCAAAAGCAUUGAAAUCCAAACUGCUGAUGAAGACAGUGAAAUCUGGGGAAUUGGAAGUGGAAUCAGUCUUGAUCGAUUGAUCAGAAACGAAGCAAUAAAGAGAAGUCAGUCAAUAGGACAUGGUAUAAGAGGUAGCAUUGAGAAAAUGAGAGAACGUUCUGCAAGUAUAGACAUCAUCUCAGAUGCUCAGAAAACAACAUCAAAUCAAAGUGAAGCGACACAGGAACAGUCAAGUUCACAAGGAUCGGAAACCACAGGAAAAAUAACAACAUACAGUUGGAAUGAAAAUGGAAAAUUUGUCAAAAUAUUUGUUUCAUACAGUGGAAUUCAUUUGAUCCCAAGCAAGAAUAUAUCAGUAAAAACAAAUGGAAUCAACCUCCAUCUUACAAUCGAAGAAGAAGUAUCACAAUCACAAAAUGAAGAAAACAAGCAAUCUUCUUCAGAAAAAAAUUCUUCAACAGAUCUAACAGGCAACCAGACAUUAACCAGCACGCUUAAUUUACAUCGACUUCGCAGGCCAGUUGCUUGUCUCAGUUAUAACGUACAAAGAGACAUGAUAACAAUAAUGCUUCGGAAGCAGAAACAAACACCAUGGAAUGCUUUAAUUUUUGAAAACAGUAUUCGAUAAUUACUGCAAGUCCAUUGAUCUAUGGAAGCGUGCAAGGCUGGUAAUCAACAAGAAUGAAACAAAGUGAUGUUCAGUCGCGCUGACGACAGUCGGGAAAAUGACGGAAAAAUUAACUAAAAAGCAUUGGCCAUACAUAAAACUGGAGUAAAUCAAGAUAAGGUAUUUGUCACACACCCGAUGCCAGUGGACUACGCACCUAUACCUCGCAAAAUUAAAUUCAUUUUAUCUGCAAUUACUAGUUUUACUACGUAGAUUUGGAAUCCGGAGGUGAAAUUUUAUACAAAGUAAUUUCCAAAUUAAAUUGACAUUACCUCUGGAUGCCAUGUUAGAAGAAAUCCUAUGAUAUUUUCUUUCCUUCAAUGCAUAAAUAUAUAUAGAUAUCAACAUCCAUCCUCAUUAUUUUCCUAAAAUUUAUGGUUCAAGUCAUACAAUCGUCUUGCCAUGAUCAUAUAUGCUUAUUUUAUAUUAAUGUUUGUUGCAUUGCUAAGUUCAAUUUAAUCCUAGCCAUUUAUUUCUACCUCUUAUUGUAUUAUUAUUUUCACAUUUUUUUGAAUGCACAAACCUUAUGUUUAAAUAAAAUAUUCUGAAUAUUAACGUCUUUUUAUGGAAAGGUUUUUAUACGAGACUACAAGAAUUUUUCAAUAAUCGUGUCAGUUGCGCAAAAUCGCUAUUUCAAAUUUUCAAGAUUUUGAGAUUUGAAUGAAUCUCUUCUGCUAUAAUACUUUUGCUAUAAUAAUUUUGGUUUUGAAAAUUUUGAGAAAAUCUCCUGCGCCAGCUUAAGGAUUUUCCGCUGAUUAAUUCAAGGAUCAUCAUAGCUCAACAAAUGCUUAUGUGUGAGAUAACAGUAUAUUGAGUUUAUAUAUUAGCGCCUAGAUAUAUUGUUCAUUAUUGAGUUUUCUUAUACUAAAGAUAUAUAUUGCAGCAAAGUUUUGUAUACAAGCUUAAAAAUACAAGUCAAAUAUUAGGCAAGCUAAUCAUACAGUUUAAAAAUAAAUAGUCUCAGACUCUCAGUAUCCGAAUAUCUACGAAAUGCAUGAUGAAUCUACAGAGCAUGCUAAUUGAGAAUAUAUGAAGAGUAAUUAAUGUCAGAUUAAGCACAAACAAUGAAUGUAUCAAAUCGAAUUUCGAAUGUAAUUCGAAACCAUUCAAAAUUCUUUCUUAUUGUUGAAUUGAGACAUAAAUCCAGCAAUGCCUCUCAUGAAUAUUCAAAUGAUUCGAUAUUAAUUGUUUUGAAUUUUCAAAUUUAUGAUUUUAGGAAUAAUUCAGAAAAUUAUCAUUUUGUAAUUCAAGUAUGACAAGAUAUGCUUCCAAUUCAAUUUCAGUGGACCGCAAAAAAUAGAGAACCAUUACAAUUUCAAAACUUUAUUCCAAAGUCAGGUUUUCAAUAUAUUUCAAUCAGUGUCCAUUCAAGUUUUUUACUUUGAAAAGACUUGCAAGGGCCAACCAUCAAUAUAUGAUAUCGAUAAAUUUCUUUCGUAAUUCAAAAAAUUUUAAAGCCUUUAUAUACACCAUGUACAUUGAUUCCUGUGUGUUAUUUGUUGAAUGUGACACAAUUUAGCAUAUUCAUUUUGGACUAUCAUUGCGUAAAACAAUCUGCUAAAUUUUACGAAUAGCAGCGUCAUGUUUCAUGUUUAUAAAUUAUCAAGUCUUCAAUGCAAAUGAAGAAUUUUGAAUUUUGUAAAAAUUAAUAUUUUGAAACAGCAGCAGGGCAGAAAAAAUGUCUUAUUAGUUGCAAUUUGGAAUUUGAACUAGAAAUCAAACCUAAUCCAAUGAGAGUGUGUUACCUCAAACUGGGUUUCAAAUCUGAACGCAUCAUUUUUAGCCAAUUAUUAAUCACGGACAAUUGAAUCAAUAUAUUAAACAAUUUUUUAUAAUUUCUAAAAUUACAUUUAAUCUACAUUUGUGCAAUUAAGCUACAGAGUUUUAAUGUGUAUUACGAUGAUAUAUUAUAUUUGACGCUGUUGAUUUUAUAAUGAAAUUGGUGAAUUUUCUGAGUGCUUCAAACUAAGAACCUAAAUUAGGCUUUGUGAUAAGAAUUUUUUCUAUUGUCAGUAAAUUUACAGAUUCAAAGUUGUGGUUAAAUCACUCUAUUAAAAUCUGAAUUAGUUUGUCACUCGAUUUUUUUCUACCACACUACACCUUCUUGUAGAAAUGAUAAAUGACUCUUCCUUCUCUGAGUAUUAGGUACAGCAAGUCCAUUGGUUAUAAUAGAAGAUGAAGAUUGCAUAUGAUGCGCUGGGAAAGAAAUUCCAACCAUACAAAACUA